ACUGCUAGAGGACACUUUUCUGUUCUGUUUAAUAGUGAAUUUGGUCUGGAGCGAACGCGAGUUUGGUCUGGUAUUUCAUGUUGCUUUCACACUGAAAACUGAAGGUCCUUUCGAGUGUUUGUUUUUGUUGUUUUUUUUCUCAUCAAUUUGAAAAAAGCCUCCGCGAGUCAGACUUUGGCAUGCAUAUGUCUUGUAUGUGAAGAUAAACGACAUGGAAUUAUUUAUUUCGAGUGUUUUGCUUCUUUAACACCACUUUUGAAUUCUUCGUAUUGUAAGCAUAUUUUGUAUUUAUUACUUUUUGUGUUCCAAGCUACAAUGAAAGCGUUUAGCUUUUUACUGAAGUGGACGUUUAUCCUGCUGCUGAGUCUCUCCUUAUGUGUUGGUGAAGAAAGCCCAACUUCAUCAAACAUUGUGAAUCCUUGUUGCUAUUACCCUUGUCAAAACCGAGGGAUUUGUGUUCGAUAUGGUCUGGACAGAUAUGAAUGUGACUGCACCAGAACAGGCUUCUAUGGAGAAAAUUGCACUAUACCCGAGUUCUGGACUCGAGUCUAUCGACUCCUGAAGCCCAGUCCUAAUAUUGUCCACUAUAUCCUCACCCACUUUGACUGGCUAUGGGACAUCAUCAACAGGACAUUCCUCAGGGAUUGGCUCAUGCACAAAGUGUUCACAGUAAGAGCCAGCUUAAUCCCAAGUCCCCCGACGUACAAUUCCAGAUAUGACUACUUGAACUGGGAAGCGUAUUCCAACAUCACCUACUACACAAGAAUUCUUCCCCCAGUCCCUCAGGACUGCCCCUUGCCAAUGGGAACCAAAGGGAAAAUGAAGCUUCCAGACCCCAAGCUUCUGGCAGAGAAGUUCCUGUUAAGGCGGAAUUUCAGACCGGAUCCUCAGGGAACAAAUUUAAUGUUCGCAUUUUUCGCUCAGCACUUCACGCACCAGUUUUUUAAGACUCACAACCAUGUAGGACUUGGGUUCACAAAAGGUCUGGCUCAUGGGGUGGAUGCUGGACACAUUUAUGGAGAUACUCUUGAUCGCCAGCUAGACCUCAGACUGCACGAAGACGGGAAGUUGAAGUACCAGGUGGUCAAUGGUGAGAUGUAUCCCCCCACAGUGCUAGAUGCACCGAUCAAAAUGAGCUACCCGCCGUCUGUCCCGCCGGAGCAGCAGCUGGCCAUUGGACAAGAAGUGUUUGGCCUGCUGCCGGGUCUCAGUAUGUACGCCACCUUGUGGCUGCGUGAGCACAACCGUGUGUGUGAUAUCCUGAAACAAGAACAUCCAACCUGGGGGGAUGAGCAGCUGUUUCAGACCACCAGGCUCAUUAUUAUAGGUGAGACCAUUCAUAUUGUGAUCGAGGACUAUGUGCAGCAUCUGAGUGGUUACCGGCUGAAGCUCCACUUUGAUCCCACGCUGCUGUUCACCUCACAGUUCCAGUACCAGAACCGCAUUGCUGUGGAGUUUAAUCAGCUUUACCACUGGCACCCGCUCAUGCCUGACAGCUUCCAAAUCGAUGGAGAAGACAUUCACUACCCUCAGUUCAUUUUCAACACCUCUAUUCUCACCCACUAUGGGGUGGAGAAACUGGUUGAGGCCUUCUCAACCCAACCCGCGGGACAGAUUGGAGGUGGUCAUAAUAUUCACCCAGUGGUGCUCAGAGUUGCUGAGGGGGUCAUCACUGAAUCAAGGGAGCUUCGACUUCGGCCCUUUAAUGAAUAUCGCAAGAGAUUCAAUCUGAAACCCUACACGUCAUUCUCAGAAUUGACAGGAGAAGAAGAGAUGGCUAAAGAACUAGAGGAACUGUAUGGUGAUAUUGAUGCUCUGGAGUUCUACCCAGCUCUUUUGCUAGAGAAGACACGAUCUGGUGCAAUAUUUGGUGAAAGCAUGGUGGAAAUGGGGGCCCCAUUUUCCCUAAAAGGCCUCAUGGGAAAUCCUAUUUGCUCCCCUGAAUACUGGAAGCCCAGUACAUUUGGGGGGAAGACAGGUUUUGAUAUAGUAAACUCUGCUACUUUGAAGAAACUGGUUUGCCUCAAUACAAAAUGGUGUCCGUAUGUGUCUUUCCAUACUCCUCCACCAGAAUAUAAAAAACAGAGGACAUCUCACGGUGAACUUUAGCAUACUGUACUUCUGAAAUCUGUUUUAAAUCACUGAUCAAAAAUGUGGCUUCUAAUUACAGUUGUAAAUGACAUUGAAUUAUCUUGUGAAUCAGUAUUAGUAUCAGUAUCAUCUUGUAAACUGAAUUAGUAAUGACAAUUAUUAGAGUUGUUAUUUGUUACAAGGUGACUGAAGAAUUAAUUUUCAUAGCAUUAUAAUAUCAACAUGUUUUGCAUUAUGAAAGAAUGUUUAUUACAACAUACAUGAGCAUUUUAUGGAUUUAACUGACCCUUUGCUAAUCCCUGCCAUAAAAACAUUUUUUAAGCGACUGUUGCCAUCUGCAAGCUUUUGUUCUUUUAUAAUACAAUCCCAAAAUAUAUUCCAACCUGCUUUAAGAGCAUGUUUUACUGAAAAUCAUGCUGUUUAUGGUAAUCUCAUAACUAAAGGGGGUGGAGCUUAACAAAGGAUCAGUUAGAGAAUUAACUAAAAGUUUGGUGAUUUCUUGCUCCAUACUGAAGAAUCAAUAUUCUUGACAAUUCACUUUAGACAGUGAAUAUGGGCAUUUGUUGCCUUACUUGUUACUUGGCCUACUUGAUCUAAGCCUUAAAAAUGGUGUAACCUUAAAUCAACAGGUAGAUUCAGUUUUUUACACAAACAUUUUUUUACUUUGUUUACUGGCACUCAUAUUGCCAAACAACCCUCCAUUUUUCAAACCGCUUGUCCUAUGUAGAGUCGUUUUAGUCUAUCCCAUUGAGUGGACAGAUGACCUGUCCAUCACAGGCCAAAUAAACGUUUAGCUUUAAUUCAUUGUCAAAAAAAUAAAAAAAAAACAAAAUUUAAAAAAAAAGUAAAAAAAUAAAUAAAUAAAAAUAAAAAAAU